GUUUUGGUGAGGGGGAUUGAAGCAGCUGCAAUUCUGCAAAACUGAACGCUGAAAGUCUGAAACAGAACGCGUGGAUCCAAACUCUCUCUUCUGCGAUGGCAACAGAGAGAUACGCUUCUCGCCCAACUACAUCGUCCGAAGAGAACGCUCUCUUUCUCGAUAUACUGCACGAGGCUCCUCUGUUCGCUCACCGCAAAGCGUCAAGGGUUGUUGCUAGUGUUUUCUAUUGCAUACUAUUGGCAGGUUAUGCUGCUUUGGCCAUAGGAGCUCAAUGGAUAUUUCAUCCCGUGCAAGGACUUAUCUCUCCCGUUCUUUGUAGUUGUGAUGUUCUUCUUUUGCUGUUAACAGGAAUCUUUCAACAAUAUCUGGUUUAUCAAGUGCAGAAGAUACGGUUGCAGGGAUAUUACAGUUUCAGCCAGAAGUUGAAAUUUAUUGUCCGCAUACCCUUUGCUAUUACUGCUUAUGGAACUGCUGCAAUGCUACUUGUUAUAGUCUGGAAACCUUACACUGGUUUUGUGUCAAUUUCUGCACUGUUGAGGAUUAUUAUGGUGGUUGAAGCAGCAUGUGCUGGAUGUUUUAUGAGUCUUUACAUUGGGUACAUACACCAGUAUAAUUCGUUGAACUCACAUCCUGAUGUUUUGAAGUCCUUGUACUCACCACUACAACCAUCAAGUUCUUUGGAGGGUCUAAGGUACCAUGAUGGUAGGCUCUCUGAUCAGCAAAUGGCUUUGCUGCAAUAUCAGCGUGAAAAUCUUCAUUUUUUGAGUGAGGAGAUUCUUCGGUUGCAAGAGUCUUUAAGCAAAUACGAACGAAGUGAUGAUCGGAGCACACCACAGGUUGACCUUGCCCAUCUUCUAGCAGCUCGUGAUCAAGAGUUACGGACCCUUUCUGCGGAGAUGAACCAAGUGCAAUCUGAGUUAAGGCUUGCCCGGUCAUUGAUUGCUGACAGGGACUCAGAGAUCCAACAUGUUCACACGACCAACAAACAGUAUGUAGAAGAGAAUGAAAGACUAAGAGCUAUUUUAGGUGAAUGGAGCACCCGGGCUGCCAAGCUUGAGCGGGCACUGGAGGACGAGCGAAUGUCAAAUCUUGAACUACAGAGGAAGAUUUCAACGCUAAGAAAUCAAUCACAUACCUCAGCAGAAACAGCCGAACAAGGUGUUUAAUUCACUUGCCAGGCAAAUCCAUUUAAAUUCCCAGUUCAGUCGAGCAUUUAACCUCGUCGUUAUCACGAUUUAAAAGUAGUAGACGUGUCUACAGUACCAUCACCACUAUAGAGAGAUCCAAUGUAAAUGUUAGUUCAAAUAGGGCCUUAUUUUUGUUUGUUAAUAGAAAUAUUUGAUGUAAUUUGAUUGAGUUAUCGUGCGCUAUUCUACUCCAUAUUUGCACACGCAUUGAAAAAAAAUUGCGUUGCAGCGAAGGAAGUCUGUACAAUUUAACUUCAAUGUUCGAUAAAAACAAAAACCAAACGCAAGCCAACGGAAUUCUAAAC